AUGCUCCAUCCACUCUCUCGUCCUUCCUCCCCUCUGCUUCACGCCGCCUUCUCUCCUCUCAUAUCCUCCCUGCGCCGCCGUCUGACAAACAGGCACGGCAGUAGUGGCAUGGGACGGUGUGAUCAGCAGCAGUGGGCGAGCAACAUUUUGGCAGCAGCAUUGGAGAAGGGGGGAUUGGAUGGUGAGGCGGGGAUUGCGCUUGCCUGGUGGAGCCAACUGGAGUGGCCAAUUGGUGAAGAGCUCAUCGCUGUUUGUGAAGUAUGGUAUCCCCCCCUCUCCUCCUCCUUGACCAACCCACCCACCCCACCUUACUCCAUCCUAUCCCGUCUCCUCCCCUCUCCUCCAACCUCCCUCCCCCUUCGUAGGAAUUUCCACCCUCCCCUCCCCUCUCCCCCUGACCCGAAUCCCACCCGCUGCGUUGCCCCUCCCAUCCCCAUCCAUUCCCCUGCGGGCCACCUCCCUCUGCGACCAGCACCCCAUGUGACCCACCCACCUCAGCAACACCCAGCGUAG